AGAAAAUAUGCCAUCCCUAUUUCGAGCUUCUCUUUGUUGCACUUGUAUUUUAUUUAUAACUUUUAUUUUGGAAAAAUGAGUGAUCUUAAGAGGCGACCACUGCACCACGAUACGCCAAGGACUCUUUCCCAGUCGAGGGACGAGGUAGACCAGAACAAUACCUUAAUUUUGGAGUCCGCAAACAGCUACGAAGAAGGCACCUCCUCAGCCGGCGAACAGGAAGAAAGUGAAUCCCAGGAGCAGGAGGAGGCUUCUGAAGACGAAAAUCUGUCCAGGAGACAUAGUAUUCCAACUCCCACGCCGAGCUCAAAGCAGGAACAACACCAUUCCAUUAACGAACAACAAGGAAUGAAUGGACUCUCCAUUAAACUAGCCCUUGCAGGUGCUCUAUUCGGAUUAUUCUUCGUUUACGUUUGGGGAGGAUCGAGCGUUAUAGGGGAGAAACAAUGUGCCUUUAAAAGUCUUCGGGGAAAUCACCCCCAACAACCGGAGAUAGUCUGGAAAGCCCUGCAAAAGGGAGUCGAGGGAUUGAUAAACAAGAAGGCCAAGCACCCCAGUGUGUUCCUGUUCCUGCAUCAGAAUCCCAAGCUCCAGAAGUUGAUUGAUGCAAUUGCCGUCGAGGCAUCUGCCUGUUAUGGUGGUCCCCGCCAGCUGAUUCACAUGAAAAAGGAGGACUUCGGCCCGGGUAUGAAAGACUACGGAUUGGCAAUUGAGCGUUUCAAGGCAAAUGUGAAAGAGGGAAAGGUUUUUCUAAUAGUGAACCUCAAUGAUAUUGCACCGAGUGGAGCUCGUGCUCUGCACACAAUCUGCGAUACCUACAGCCCCAUCGUGGAGGAUGCUGUCAUCUUCCUUACACUCCGCACAUUUAACACAACAGCCGUGAGCAACUCCGUGCAGCUGGCCACGGAUACCCUGUACGAUCUGUGGGCCAAGGAGCUGGGGGACAACGAGCUGGAUCCCCUAAUUACACGCGUCACCGAUCAGGUGCUCCAUUUGAGAAGUAUUAGUUAAGCUUAAAUUCUACCUUUUAAAAUCUCAAUACUUUCGAUGCCCAAGUACUGGGUCUACUAAGCUCAAAGCUAUAAAUGAAAAGAAUUUAGCUAGACCAUCAAUGA